ACGCCAUUGAACCAACAUGAUCUGUCAAAACUGCAUCCGAGCAGCCGCCCGAACUCAUCGAAUCUCAGGAACCGUCCAAUUUCCACGCUUCCUAACUACAACUACAACUCUCCAAAGCGUAACCCCAAUCUCGACCACCACGAAGCAAGGUUCUCCUGCAUCCUCCCACACCCCACUGUCCGCAACCUCAACCCCCGUACUGCCCUUCAACGCGUCUCUAACGCCGGCCCCGAAAAAAGCUGGGCUCGAACAUGGACAUGGACACUCGAAGGGUCAUCAUACAGUCAUGUCAUCCAUACCCGCCGGCACACCGCUCAAAGGGCUCAACUUCCUGAAAAACAAGACUGAUCCAGUGGCUAUGGAGGACGCGGAGUACCCGAGUUGGCUGUGGGAUAUUUUGAAGGAAAGGGAGAAGCAGGCUGAGACCGGGGGGGCAGGGGAUUUGUUCUCGAAAUCAAAAAAGCAGCGCCGCCUAGCCGCAAAACGGCUGCGCAAAGAACAACUCGCAAACCCCGAUCUCCUCGUUCCCAAAAUCCCCAUCUACGAACAAACAGUUGAUUUACCGUCUGGAGACGGCACAUUGCAGGGCGCCGUCCAAGCCGCGAAAGCGAGAGAGGAAUUAACAAAGGCGAUGCGAGUGAAGCGGAGAGGUGCGAUUAAAGAGUCAAAUUUCUUGAAAGCUAUGAGAUAAUGCAUGGGACUUGGGAACGAGGAUACAUUAUGUCUAAUGAUGAUAUUUUGUACAUAUAGAGUGUAUGAUAUCAGUGUAUUAAGAGCAGACUUGCAACGGCACAGUCUACACAAGUGAUUACUCACAGUAUACUGUGC